ACACCGUCAGCCAAUGAAAGUAGGACUGGACCCUGUGCUCUUAAAUCUGGUGGUUCAUUGGGGCUGUCAAUGAAUAUGGUGGUUGUGCUUUUAAUUUUUCCAUGUUUUAACAUUGUUUAACUAAAGCUGACUUUGCAAAGGGUAGUACAUUGGGACUGAUAAGAGCGUCAGUGUAAUCCGUGUCCUUAUGUUUGGGCCAAGGUAACCAAUGGACACUGAGCAAACACAGGUACAAUUCAAGGUGCCGGGGACGUGGUUGGGUUUCAGGGUGUCAGAUUGUUUGUUUUCUUUUUAAGUAAACGUCACCAAUCUGUCUUGGUGACCGAUUCUUGGAGGAUAGGUUCCGUAGUUGAUGGUGUUCUUGCUUCAGUCUGUAUUGUGUGCAGGACUCUGAUGAGUACCGUGUACAGGGUUGUCCUGGUAAGUUUGCCUUUAGCUGAAUAGUGUGCCAGGUAGCUCUGCCCUCAACUACCCACGAGCUCUGUUUAUCAGGGUUUCUGCGUUUCACAGAACCACUGUCAGCGAGAGAUUAAGCAUGUUGGCAGAGUCAGUAAACUUUUAUUGACGUAUUUUUGAAAUCCUGCUUUCAUGGUCGUCUGCUCCAGUAGAGUUAGCACAUUUGACAAACCCUCUCUUCCUUUUCGGGGAACAUUGCUGAGUCUUCUGAAAGUCUUGUGCUAAGGAAAUUACACCUUAAAGAACAGAUUCUUUCAUUGCCUCUGAAUGCUUAUUUGCUUCUUACAUUUAAUAAUGUACUUUUUUUAUUGUCUCCUUUUUUUCUGUCUUAUGGCAGAUAUGGAAUAUUUCAUAUUAGGAAAUAGAAAUUCAGGUUGUCCUGAACUGGCAGAUCCCACUAAUAUAAAACUUAGUUUCCACUUUGUGGUCAUCAACAAAGAUCGGUAGGAAGGCCCUCUGGCACCACAUUUCCCAGCAAACGUUUACUUAAUGGAUUUUUUAAUGCAUGUAGUUAUGAUCCGUGCCUGAAUCAGUGGUCUCUCAGCAUUUGUUAUAACCCCGCGAGUUUUGAUUCGUAAUGUCUUCAUUCCUUACCUUCAGCCACCGACGCUUUACCUUGUCUAAUGGGGUGAAUCCAGUUUGUGAAGGCUCUGGUGUGCUAGAGGUAAAUUAGACAACUGCUUUCCCACUUGCUUUGUUGUUCCGGUCACUGCUGAAAGUCACUGUACUUUCCUGCUACUGGAGAGAGCCCACCCACGUAGCCCAGUGUCUUUUUGUAUGUGCACUGUUAGACUUUCUGGGACUUUGUGUCUGGUAUAAAAAUCCUGGUCCUGUCACCAGAGUACGAGCUUUACGUAGGGAUUUUAUCUUGAUGAAAACGAAUUUUUUUGCGUUCUCUUUGUUUUUGAUCUUGUCUUAAAAAUUUACAAAUGCUACUCAAACAUUUUUUAUUUGAUGAGAGUAUUCCUAUAUAUCAAAUGAGAACAGAGGAUGGUCUUAGGGAUCUUGUCUCUGAUAGUUCACUUUUUUCCUUUUAUUGGAUUUUUUAUUUACAUUCAAAUGUUAUUCCCUUUCCCUGUUUCCCAUCCAUAAGCCACCUAUCCCCUCCCCCUCCCUUCUUCUAUAAGGGUGUUGCCCUCCCAUCCAUUUCCCAUUCCUACACCCCCAACAUUCCCCUACACUGGCUGGGGGGGGGGUGUCCAGCCUUGGCAGGACCAAGGCCCUCUCCUCCCAUUGGUGCUCAACUAGGCCAUCCUCUGUUACAUAUGCAGCUGGAGCCAUGGGUGUGUCCAUGUGGACUAUUUGGGGGUAAUUUAGUCUCUGGGAGUUCUGGUUGGUUGGCAUUCUUGUUCUUAUGGGGUUGCAAGCCCCUUCAUCUCCUUCAAUCCUUUCUCUAAUCCCUCCAACUGGGAUCCCGUUCAUAGUUCUAUGGUUUGCUGCCAGCAUUUGCCUCUGUUUUUGACAUGCUCUGUCUGUUUCUCUCAGGAGAGAAUUAUAUCCAGCUCCUGUCAGCAUGCACUUCUUAGCUUCAUCAAUCUUAUCUAGUUUUGGUGGAUAUAUAUAUAUAUAUAUGUAUAUAUAUAUAUGUAUAUAUAUAUGUAUAUAUAUGUGUGUGUAUGUAUGUAUAUAUAUGGGCUGUAUACUCAUCUCAGGCAGGCUCUGAAUAGCCGUUCCUUCAGUCUCUGGUCCAAACUUUGCCUCCAUAUUCCCUCCUAUGAAUAUUUUUGUUCCCUCUUUUAAGGAGUAAAGCAUCCGUACUUUGGUCAUCCUUCUUCUUGAGCUUCCUGUGGUCUGUGGAUUGUAUCUUGAGUAAUUUGAGCUUUUGGACUAAUAUCCACUUAUCAGUGAAUACAUACCAUGUAUAUUCUUCUGUGAUUGGGUUACAUCACUCAGCAUGAUAUUUUCUAGUUCCAUCCAUUUGCCUAUGAAUUUCAUGAAGUCAUUGCUUUUGAUAGCUGAGUAGUACUCCAUUGUGUAGAUGUACCACAUUUUCUGUGUCCAUUAUUCUGUUGAAGGGCAUCUGGGUUCUUUCCAGCUUCUGGCUAUUAUAAAUAAGGCUACUAUGAACAUAGUGGUGCAUGUGUCUUUGUUAUAUGUUGGGGCAUCUUUUGGGUAUAUGCCCAGGAGAGGUAUAGCUGGGUCCUCAGGUAGUGGAAUGUCCAACUUUCUGAGGAAACCACAGACUGAUUUUCAGAGUGGUUGUACCAGUCUGCAAUCCCACCAACAAUGGAGGAGUGUUCCUCUUUCUCCACAUCCUCAUCAGCAUCUGUUGUCACCUGAGUUUUUUUUUUUUAAGAUUUAUUCAUUUAUUAUAUAUAAGUCCACUGUAACUGUCUUCAGAUACACCAGACAAGGGCAUCAGAUCUCUUUACAGAUGGUUGUGAGCCACCAUGUGGUUGCUGGGAAUUGAACUCAGGACCUCUGGAAGAGCAGAAGGUGCUCUUAACCACUGAGCCAUCUCUCCAGCCCGUCACCUGAGUUUUUGAUGUUAGCCAUUCUCACUGGUGUGAGGUGAAAUCUCAGGGUUGUUUUGACUUGCAUUUCUCUGAUGACUAAGGAUGUUGAACAUUUCUUUAGGUGCUUCUCAGCCAUUUGAUAUUCCUCAGCUGAGAAUUCUUUGUUUAGCUCUAUACCCCAUUUUUAAUAGGGUUAUUUGGCUCCUGGAGUCUAACUUCUUGAGUUCUUUGUAUAUUUUGGAUAUAAGCCCUCUAUCAGUUGUAGGAUUAGUAAAGAUCUUUUCCCAAUCUGUUGGUUGCCGUUUUGUCCUAAUGAUGGUGUCCUUUGCCUUACAGAAGCUUUGCAGUUUUAUGAGAUCCCAUAUGUCAAUUCUUGAUCUUAGAUCAUAAGCCAUUGGUGUUUUGUUCAGAAAAUUUUCCUCAGUGCCCAUGUGAAUGAGACUCUUCCCCACUUUUUCUUCUGUUAGUUUGGGUAUACCUAGUUUCAUAUGGAGGUCCUUGAUCUACUUGGUCUUAAGCUUUGUACAGGGCAAUAAGCAUGAAUCGAUUUGCAUUUUUCUACAUGCUGACCUCCAGUUGAACUAACACCAUUUGUUAAAAAUGCUCCCUUUUUUUCCAUUGGAUGGUUUUAGCUCCUUUGUUAAAGAUCAAGUGACCAUGGUAUGUGGGUUCAUUUCUGGGUCUUCAAUUCUGUUCCACUGGUCUACCUGCCUGUCUCUGUACCAAUACCAUACCGUUUUUAUCACUAUUGCUCUGUAAUACUGCUUGAGGUCAGGGAUGGUGAUUCCCCCAGAAGUUUUUAUAUUGUUGAGGAUAGUUAUCCUGAGUUUUUUGUUAUUCCAAAUGAAUUUGCAAAUUGCUCUUUUUAACUCUAUGAGGAAUUGAGUUGGAAUUUUGGUGGGGAUUGUAUUGAAUCUGUAGAUUGCUUUUGGCAAAAUGGCCAUCUUUACUAUAUUAAUCCUGCCAAUCCAUGAGCAUGUGAGAUCUUUCCAUCUUCUGAGAUCUUCAUUUUCUUUCUUCAGAGACGUGAAGUUUGUGUCAUGCAGAUCUUACACUUGCUUGGUUAGAAUCACACCAAGGUAUUUUAUAUUAUUUGUGACUAUUGUGAAGGGUGUCAUUUCCCUAAUUUCUUUCUUGGCCUGUUUAUCCUUUGAGUAGAGGAAGGCUACUGAUUUGUUUGAGUUAAUUUUAUACCCAGCCACUUUGCUGAAGUUGUUUAUCAGGUUUAGUAGUUGUCUGGUGGAACUUUUGGGAUCACUUAAAUAUACUAUCACAUCAUCUGCAAAUAGUGAUAUUUUGACUUCUUCCUUUCCAAUUUGUAUCCCUUUGGCCUCCUUUCUUUGUCUGAUUGCUCUGGCUAGGACUUGGAGUACUAUUUUGAAUAAGUAGGGAGAGAGUGGGCAGCCUUGUCUAGUCCCUGAUUUUAGUGCUAUUGCUUCAAGUUUUUCUCCAUUUAAUUUGAUGUUAGCUACUGGUUUGCUGUACAUUGCUUUUACUAUGUUUAGGUAUGGGCUGUGAAUUUUUGAUCUUUCCAGAAUUUUUAUCAUGAAGGGGUGUUGAAUUUUGUCAAAUGCUUUCUCAGCAUCUAAUGAAAUGACCAUGUGGUUCUUAUCUUUGAGUUUGUUUACAUAGUGGAUUAUGUUGAUUGAUUUUCAUAUAUUAAACCAUCUCUGCAUCCCUGGGAUGAAGCCUACUUGAUCACGAUGGAUGAUUGUCUUGAUGUGCUCUUGGAUUCGGUUUGUAAGAAUUUUAUUGAGUAUUUUUGUGUUGAUAUUCAUAAGGGAGAUUGGUCUGAAGUUCUCUUUCUUUGUUGGGUCUUUGUGUGGUUUUGGUAUAAGAGGAAUUGUAGCUUCAUAGAAGGAAUUCGGUAGUGCUCCAUCUAUUUCAAUUUUGUGGAAUAAUUUGGACAGUAUUGGUAUGAGGUCUUCUAUGAUGGUCUGAUAAAAUUCUCCAUCAAACCCAUCCGGUCCUGGGUUCUUUUUGGUUGGGAGACUUUUAAUAACUGUUUCUAUUUCUUUAGGAGGUAUGGGGUUGUUUCAAUGGUUUAUGUGUUCCUGAUUUAACUUUGUUACCUGAUAUUUAUCUAGAAAAAUGUCCGUUUCCUCCAGAUUUUCCAGUUUUGUUGAGUAUAUGCUUUUAUAGUAGGAUCUGAUGAUUUUUGAAUUUCCUCAAAUUCUGUUGUUAUGUCUCCCUUUUCAUUUCUGAUUUUGUUAAUUUGGAUACAUUUUCUGUGCCCUCUGGCUAGUCUGGCUAAUGGUUUUUCUGUCUUGUUGAUUUUCUCAACCAGCUUCUGGUUUUGUUGAUUCUUUGUAUCAUCCUUUUUGUUUCUACUUGGUUGAUUUUAGCCCUGAGUUUGAUUAUUUCCUGCCUUCUACUCCUCUUGGGGAGUAUUUGUUUCUUUUUGUUCUAGAGUUUUUUAGGCGUGCUGUCAAGCUGAUGAUGUGUGCUCUCUCCUCUUUCUUUUUUCAGUCAUUCAGAGCUAAUUUCUCCUCUUAGCACUGCUUUCAUUAUGUCUCAUAAGUUUGGGUGUGUUCUGCCUUCAUUUUCAUUAAAUUCUGAGAAGUCUUCAAUUUCUUUAUUUCUACCAAGUUGUCACCGAGUAGAGUGUUGUUCAACUUCCAUGUAUAUGUGGUGGUUGUGUUGUUAUUCUUGCUAUUGAAGACCCAUCUUAAUGCGUAGUGAUCUGAUAGGAUGCAUGGGAUUAUUUCAAUCUUCUUGUAUCUGUUGAGGCCCGUUUUGUGGCUGGUUAUAUGGUUAAUUUUAGAGAAAGUACCGUGAGGUGUUGAGAAGAAGGUAUAUUCUUUUGUUUUAGGAUGAAAUGUUUUAUAAAUAUCUGUUAGGUCCAUUUGGUUCAUAACUUCUGUUAGUUUCUCUAUGUUUCUGUUUAAUUUCUGUUUCCAUGAUCUGUCCAGUGAUGAGAGUAAGGUGUUAAAAUCUCCUACUAUUAUUCUGUGAGGUGCAAUGUAUGCUUUGAGCUUUAGUAAGAUUUCUUUUAUGAAUGUAGGUGCCCUUGCAUUUGGAGCAUAGAUAUUUAGGAUUUAGAGUUCAUCUUGGUGCAUUUUUUUGCUUUGAUGAAUAUGAAGUGUCCUUAUCUUUUUUUGAUAACUUUUGGAUGAAAGUCGAUUUUAUUCGAUAUUAGAAUGGCUACUCCAGCUCGCUUCUUCGAACCAUUUGCUUGGAAAGUUGUUUUCCAGCCUUUUACUCUGAGGUAGUGUCUGUCUUUGUCUCUGAGGUGUGUUUCCUGUAUGCAGCAAAAUGCUGGAUCCUCUUUAUGCAUCCAGUCUGUUAGUCUAUGUUUUUUUCUUGGGGAAGUGAGUCCAUUGAUGUUAAGAGAUAUUAAGGAAUAGUGAUUGUUACUUUCUGUUAUUUUUGCUGUUAGAGGUGGAAUUAUGUUUGUAUCUCUCUCUUCUUUUUUUUUUUUUUUUGGCAAGGAGAUUACUUUUUUGCUUUUUCUAUUUAUUACUCUAUUUCUUAUUCUUUGUACAGCUGGAUUUGUAGAAAGAUAUUGUACAAAUUUUGUUUUGUUAUGGAAUAUCUUGGUUUCUCCAUCUAUGUUAAUUGAUAGUUUUGCUGGAUAUAGUAGCCUGGGCUGGCAUUUGUGUUCUCUUAGGGCCUGUAUGACCUCUAUCCAGGAUCUUCUGGCUUUCAUAGUCUCUGGUGAGACGUCUGGUGCAGUUUUUAAUAGGUCUGCCUUUAUAUGUUAUUUGACCCUUUUCCCUUAAUGCUUUUAAUAUUCUUUCUUUGGUUUAUUGUGUUUGGUGUUUUAACUAUUAUGUGAUGAGAGUAAUUUCUUUUCUGAUCCAAUAUUUGGAGUUCUGUAGGCUUCUUUUAUGUUCAUGGGCAUCUCUUUCUUUAAUUAGGGAAGUUUUCUUCUAUAAUUUUGUUGAAGAUAUUUACUGACCCUUUAAGUUGGUGGUCUUCACUCUCUUCUACACCUAUUAUCCUUAGGUUUGUUCUUCUCAUUGUGUUCUGGAUGUUUUAGGGUAGGACCUUUUUGUAGUUUGCAUUUUAUUUGAUGGUUGUGUUGAUGUUUUCUAUGGUAUCUUCUGCCCCUGAGAUUCUCUCUCCUAUUUCUUGUAUUCUUUUGGUGAUGCUUGUAUCUAUGACUAUUGAUCUCUUCCCUAGGUUUUCUAUCUCCAGGGUGUCUUCCUUUGUGCUUUCUUUAUUGUUUCUUUUCCAUUUUUAAAUCCUGGAUAGUUUUGUUCAAUUCCUUCACCUGUUUGUUUGUUUUUUCCUGUAAUUCCUUAAGGGAUUUUUGUGUUUCCUCUUUAAGGACUUCUACUUAUUUACUUAUGUUGUACUGUAUUUCUUUAAUGGAGUUACUUAUGGUCUUAAAAUCAUCCAUCAUCAUCAAAAAAUGUGAUUUUUAAAUCCAUAUCUUGCUUUUCUGGUGUGUUUGGAUUGCCAGUAUUUCCUUUGGUGGGAGAACAGGGCUCUGAUGAUGCGAAAUCAUUUUGGUUUCUGUUGCUUCGGUUCCUGCGCUUGCCUCUUGCCAUCAGGGUAUCUGUGGUGUUAGCUUGUCUUGCUGUCUCUCAUAGCGGCUUGACCCUCCUGUAGACCUGUUUUCUUUCAGCUGGAUCUGGGAACAGAGAGCUGCUCCUGGGUUCAUGUGAUCUGAAGCCUCCAGGUGGGUUGCUUGGUGCAGAAGAGUUGGCCUUACUUCUGCUCUCAGGUGCGGCUGUUGGCAAAGAAAAUUUUCCUUUCGUAUUUGAGCCUCUUAGUGAAUUCAAAGAAUGACCUGGCUCUGGCUCAAAUUCUCAACACCCCUGACCGAGGACUGGGAAGGGAGGCCUUCACCAACUUGAAGCAUGCUGCCCGAGAGAAACAGUUGUCUAUGUUUCUGAUGGCCACAUCAUUUAUUAGGACGUUAGAGCUCGGAGGGAAAGGAUAUGCACCCCCACCAUCAGAUCCUCUGUGGGCACAUGUAAAAGGGCUGUCUGCUUUUGUUAAUUUCAUUGACAAGCUAAAUGAAAUUCUUGGAGAGGUACCAAAUCCAAGCCUUGCGGGCGGUCGGAUAUUAUCGGCGAUAAGGACGCAGCUGAUCAAAGGCCACAGCAGCGGGGAGCCUUUUUAUAAAGCAGUAGAGGAAGUUGUUCAGGAUUUGAAUUUGAGGAUUAAAAAUAUUAUUAAUUCUCAAGAAGGUGUAACUGUCAGCGCCACCAACAUCAGUCCUGUCCCGCCAAAAUCUUUUGCCAUAAACCAUGAUACCGCAUACUGUGGAAGAGAUGCUGUGAAAAUUUUACUGGUUCUUUUGGAUGAAGACGCAGCCAGUGCUCCUACCAGAAAUAAAGCAGAGCUUCUGUACAAUGACCAAAGUACAGCUCCUCACGGUGGAGCGUCUGUCCUUACACUCUUUAGGUCUCCCACACAAGUGAAAAGUACACCAGUUAAACCUCUCAGAGAGCGAAUCCACACGUCACUGCAAGCAGAGAAAAAUAAGCAGAUGAGGCAGACAUUAAUUAGAUCACAGUUUGCUUGUACUUAUAAAGAUGACUGCAUAAUGAGCAAGAGUAAAUGGAAUGUUAAUUCCUCAUCAAAGCCGCUGUCUGCUCUUCGCUUAGAGAACGAUGUCUCUGAGGGAGCACAGCCGUCUGUUGGGAAAGCCAGACUUGAAACGAGUUCUGAAAAUGUGCAUGUGGACAGAAGUAAGGAUGACAAAGGACCGAGGAAGUCUACUAAACGGAAGCUAGCGAAGAGCAAGCAGCCGGGUGUCAGGGAGGAUAUUCACUGCGAUCAGGGAGAUGAGCUGUACCAACCCAAGAAUGUUAAGAUCCUUAAAGUGCCCAGUGACUCUCACAGGAAAGCUGGUGGCAAACUAGCCCCAGGAGCAAGGGGCAACAGGUGCACCACCAAGGACAAGCUGAUCCCUGGCCAGACCAAGCUGACACGGUUUUUUAUGCUAUAAUUUUUCCUCUCCAUGCUUUAGAUUUAGGUAUACAAGAUCAUUCCCCAAAGCCGUGAGCUAAUGUUUGAAAUCUGAAGAUGUAAUUUUUUGUUUCUUAUGAAUGCUUUCACCUUUGUUUCUCAAUAUAUCUGUGAUGCACACAGUUCACAGGUAACAUUGUUUAGUGACUUAGGUGGGUUUUACACAUAGACCUGUGUGGACUGAAGGAUCUUUAUUUAGCUCAGCUUCCAACAAACCAAAGAGGGUGCCCAGAGGGUGCUCACCCACAUUUUCAAUGCCCUCUAUUCCUCUGGGAGGGCAAUGACUCCUUAAGAUGUAAGGAGAGAGAAUCUCUUUUUGAGAUCCAGUUGGUUAUUUAUAAUGGUCAAUUGUAGAUGGCUCUCCCUCAUUUCUUGAAUCAGCUUCUGGGUACUGGGCUUAACUCCCACAUAUUAACUUCAACCUGAGUGUUUGAAGGAGGCAAAUUUCAAGUUUCAAGGCUCCAUAGAACAUCUUAAUUACAUUUCCCAAGAUGUUCUAUUGUGAUGCUUUAAUAUUUUGAUACAUGUAUGUGAGGCUCACAUAUUAACCACUGUCAAAAAAUACCAGUAAGUCAGAAUUAUGCAGAAUUUUUGUGAAGUUUAAUGCACAAGUCAAAGCAUAUCAUUUACAUAGCAUUUACAUAUUGUAACCAGUUUCUUUUAAAACAGACAUUUAGGAUGAUACACAAGUUACAUCAACAUUAAGGGCUUUUCUCUCCACUUGCAAUGAAUCGUUUUCUUCUGAAAGGAUGUUGUGGACCAGCAGGUAUCAGACUUGCCAACAGGGUCGGUAGACUCGUCCCAGCAUACACCUGAGCACUGAAAAGGAACAAACAAUGACUAUAAUUACCACACAGAAUUAAGAGAAUCUGUGGACUUAUAAUGAAUCCAGAAUAAAACAAACCACUAUUACUGAUUUUGAAAAAUUCCCCAUUUUGACGUGGGCUGCCUACUAUUUGAUAGAACUGAACUAUGGUCUUGAUUUUGUUAUGGUCAGAUCCAACUCAGUGAAGCUCAGAGCUCUUUUAUAAAAUUAAUAUGUAGGAAUUGCAUGUUUAGAAGGCUACUCACUGUCAAAAUCUCUCCUUCCUAUGGGAAAUUUAGCUGAGUUUUCUUCAUCCCCAAUUUCCCUCUUUUCCUGUGUGGACUCAGUAUUCUGAACUCCAUUCUCAGCUGGGAAGACUGCUGGUCCUUUCAGAGCGAGGUAAGGUUUUACAGCCAGACUGAGGGGCAGACCGUGAGUUACGAGAUUCUGCUUGGAGCCUGUGUUCUGUGAAGAGAAGAUUGGUUUGUAUCCCAGCUGUCUUCUUCAGAGUAGAGCUAGAAUACAGUUGUACAACAUUCUUGCUGAUCAGUUCUAAGAUGCUGUAUACUGUCUUUACCUCCAUAUGCGAGACAAGAUACAAGAUUCUGGAUAGAAUGGGGAAAUGCCUGGUUUGUAUGACGUUUUCCUAGUUAUCUUAAUACACACAAUGACUGUAUGUAUGCCUAUUUAUAAAAUUAAAAUACAAAAUUUACUUCUGGGUGGCUUAUAAUUGUAAACAUCGUUUUCAUCUCUAGUGCAAUAAAAGGCAGACUGCAUACACGUACCUUUGUGGUCUUGUCAUCUUCAUCCUUCAUGAAGCCGCUCUCAUCAUUUUUGUAUCCUUCCAGAGAAGGAGCAACAACCGAUCUUUCUGCGGUAUCUUCCUUCUGAAAGGCUUUCCCCAUCCUGAAUGUAUUAAAUACUAUGUCGUCUUCUACGUUCCUGAUGGACUUGGAGGCCGAAAGUAAAAUGCCGUGAGAAAACAAAGAAAAGGCCAGCAUUAACAUGUAGGAAGAGAGGCUCAUCUUCGCCAUCCUGUUUGCUGCUCCGUAAAGCCGAAGGAGAAUGUGGGGAGAAUGCCACACUCUGCUGGCGACUGAAUGAUUCCUACCUUUAUAUACUUUGUGCCUGAAUAGAAAACACUUGAAGGCCUUAUCUUUUCUUUUUAGAAAUGAAUCACCCCGUAGAGCCUCGCCUUUGUAAAGCUGCUAAUGCUUGCAUUGUUUUGGAUUUAGUGGCCUGUUGUUUAUUUCGUGUGUGAAUUUUCCCAGAAUCUGAUUAAGGUCUUUGAGAGAAGGCUUUCUGUGAGUAGAUUAUAGCCUCUUGAAAGUGGGAUGUUAUUAAGGAAGACCAUAGGACACCAGGCUCUCCCAAUAUUACAGUUACCUUCUAUGUACUUUCCGAUUAAGAUAUUAAGACGUGUUAUUUAAUUCAUGGAUAAUAAGGAUAAAAGCUUUAUGCCCUUUUAAUCCUUAUUAAAUAGAAGUUAUCUCUAGAAAAGAGUUUCCUUUAUAAAUACUUGAGAAUGGUCUUUUGUGAUUAAAGUGCAUGUGCUUGUCUGUAUAAACAAUAAAAAACUAUUCAUACUUCAUCUAAAA